CAAAAUGGCGGCGUUCAUAGACAACGAAAGAUUUCUUUUUACAGCUGUUUUGAUCUUCGUUGUGCAAUUUGUCCAUUAAAUUUAUACGGAAAUUGUCUAUAAGGAACUUUAAGUGGAAUAGUUUUAGAGAUUGCGAUCUCUAUCCUAGUUUAAGUUCAAUUUUGGUCGCCUUUGAGUCAACCCUCUGUCAGAGAGUGCCAACUUCAAAAUCAAACAACAACUYGGAAGAUGCAGGCAUCGACGAGUUCUCUGCAGUCCCAAAGUCACCGGUCUUCAAGAUCACCGAAUGAAAGCUCUGACGGCAGAAGCUCUGCAAGUCCAGAGAGCACUGCUACAAGAUCACCUCCACCAUCAUCGAAACAGUCUCAAUCUCCCCCAGAAAGUGUUGCUUCUUCUCAACCACCACCAAAGAAAAGCGAGCCUCCGAGACGGAGAGGAAAAGUUCCUGAGCUUCCGGUUUACGAAAGACGAAACUGGCUGAUUCACCUUCACUAUGUGAGGAAGGAAUUUGAUAAAUGCAAGGCUCUUAUUGAAGACCAGCUUCAAGAGACACAAGGGAUGUGCGAGUAUGCCCUCUAUGCUCAAGCUUUGAUUUUUCGUCAAGAGGGAAAAAUCCAAGAUUCAUUGGAGUUGUUUCAGCAGACAGUCAGGAUAAGUCCCUUCAAUGCUGAUAACAUGAAACAAGUAGCAAGAUCACUAUUUCUUUUAGCAAGACACAAGGCUGCUUUGGAAGUCUACAAUGAAGCAGCAAAACUCAGUACAAAAGAUUGGGAAAUAUAUCACAAUCAAGGUGUUUGUUAUUUGUAUCUCAAAGACUUUGAGAAGGCUAAAGACUGCCUUAAACAUGCCAUCCAAUACCAUCGUCAUGACGCUUCCUUCAUUCAGCUGGGAAGAAUCUACCUGAUGGAGGGGGACUUGGAAUCAGCUAUUGAGAUUUACAAGAAAGCCAUAGAGUUUUCUCCAGAGAAUCCRGAGCUAAUGACAACUCUUGGACUACUUUACCUCCAGAUUGGUAUGACUCAAAGAGCCUUUGAGCAUCUAGGCAACGCUAUGACAUAUGACCCUAGUAAUGUUAAGGCAAUCCUUGGUGCAGGUUCAAUGAUACARACCCAUGGAGACUUUGAUGUUGCACUGACGAAAUAUCGAAUAGCUGCRUCCAAAGUGCCCGAGUCUCCGCAUUUGUGGAAUAACAUUGGAAUGUGUUUUUUUGGCAAGCAGAAGUAUGUCGCRGCGAUUAGUUGUCUCAAGAGAGCAGCGUAUAUGGCACCUUUUGAAUGGUAUAUCGUCUACAACCUGGGACUUCUUCACUUAACCAUGCAACAAUAUGCCUCGGCUUUCCAUUUCCUUAGUGCAGCCAUUACAUUAAAACCAAAGAAUGGACAACUUUUUCAACUUCUUGCCAUAGCCYUGACUCAUCUUGACGACCAAGAGAACGCCAAGCAGGCGUACGAACAAGCGCUACAGUUAGACAUCGAUGAUCCUGGUAUAAGCCUCAACUACUCUACAUUCCUGUAYAACAUGGGCGACAAGAAACACGCGGCCAAACAGUUUGCAGUGUACGAAAAGAAAAUGGAAGCCUUCCGGGAAACUAAGGCCAAUGAYAUCGACAGAGAGAUCCUAGAAACAGCUAAUCGUCUUGGACCAGCACUACAAGUAGGCGAAAAACUUGUUUGGGACAACAAGCCAUCUAAGCGUCCUAAAGAAUCUAAACCACCAUCCGAGGUGUCCUCUCCACCGGAGUCUGUCCACAGUAGCGCCGCUACACUUCCUGACGACGGCUCGUUCGUGUAAAUGUAGUAUAUAGCAUCUUCUUGAGAUAUAAUUCCUGUGUAUAUAAUAAUAAUAAGAUUAACUGCGGAGCUUCUUUUGCAAGUUUUCUGCUAGUAUUAUGGGUUGCUUGUGACAAUUGUAAGCCUUAUUGUAAUGCAUGAUAGUUUUUCUUUAUUUAUAAGUAGUUUAUAAUUACCUGUACGUGUAGCAUUAGUGAUUGCUACACGUACAGGUAACGAAUCUACAAUCGAGGAAAAUUAUGAAAAUGAUGUAAAUGACUGUAUGUAGUAUGUAGAAAAUCAAUAAAAAAAAUUGAGAAUCAA